AUGUUUGAUUAUAACCAGUUAAAUAAAUUGAAAGAUAAAAUUCAAUCAAGUGAUGGACUUCAAAUUAAAGAUAGAACUUAUUUAUAUAAAACAUACAGAUCAGUUUUUGUUGGUUAUGAAUGCGUUGAUUGGAUUUUUGGAAAUUGUCCAGAUAUAAAAACAAGAGAAGAUGCAAUUAAAUUAGGUCAAACUUUAUUUGAUGCAGGUAUUAUUUGUAAUGUUACAUCUGGUGCAGAUCCAAUAUUUAAAGAUGAUUAUAUAUUUUAUCAAUUUGAUAAUAAUAAAAAUAAUAAUAAUAUAAAUAAUAAUAAUAAUAAUGCAACAUCAACAGCAACAACAGCAACAGCACCUAUAACCCCAGUAUCUACUAAAAUUGGUAGUAUUGGUAAAUCAAGCAGUAAAUCAUCAACUGCUGUUGAUAAAAUGAAUAAUAAUAAUAAUAAUAAUAAUAAUAAUAAUAAUAAUAAUAAUAAUAAUAAUAAUAAUAAUAGUAAUAAUAGUAAUAGUAAUAAUAAUAGUAGUAGACGUACAUCAUCAGUACCUCCACCAGUAUUAGUAACAGCAUCAUUAUCGUCAUCAACAUCAUCAUCAUCAUCGUCAACAACAUCAACAUCAUCAUCAUUAGCAUCAACAAAUACAAAUUCAAAUUCAACAUAUAAUAGUAAUAGUUUUAAUAAAAAACAUCAUAGAUAUAGUAUAAAUGAAUUAUCAAAAGUAGUAUUAGAAGAUUUAAAUACAGUGACAUUAGUUAAAGAUGAAUUAAUUCAAUUGAGUCAAGAAUUAAUGAAUGGAGAUAAAGGUUUAAAAUUACAAAAAAAGAAAAAAGGAGCAGCUGGUACAACAAUUUCUUGUUUUUCAGGUUCACAAUUAAUUGAUUGGCUAGUAAAGAAAUUAGAAGUCACAAGAAAAGAAUCAAUUCAAAUAGCUUCUGCAUUAAUGCAUUUAAAUAUUUUCAUUGAAGUUGGUACAAUCUUUAAUUCUUCAAAUAAUAAUAAUAAUAAUAAUAAUGGUGGUGGUGGUGUUAUGUCUUCAACACUUUCAACUACAAUACCUUCUUCAAUAUCAUUACAACAGUUAAGUAAUCAAUCACAAUCAAAUAGUAAUAGUAGUAGUAGUAGUAGCAUUUUAAAUUUAAGUUUUACAGCACCAAUAUCAAUAUCAUCAACAACAGCAACAAUGUCAUCAUCAUUAUCAUUAUCAACAACAGCAGCAACAACAACAACAACAACAACAUCAUCAUCAUUAUUAAAUAAUAGUAGUAGUGGUAGUGGAUUUUUAGUACCAACAUUACCAGCAUCAGUUUUAAAUAGUAGUAGUAAUAGUAAUAAUCAAUUAUAUUCAUCAUCACCAUUAUCAUUAUCAACAUCAUCUAUACCAGCAUUUGAUAAUAGAAUUGUUGAAGAUUGUGGUAAUGUUUUUUAUGAAUUUUUAACAAAACCAGAAGCAAUUAUUAAUCAUGUUGCAAUGAGGAGAUUGGAUGAUUUAUGUUUAACUCAUAAAUGUAUUUCAAUUAUACCGACAACCAUUAUCAAUACUAGUAAAUUUUUACGUAUUAUUGAUUUAUCAUUCAAUCAAUUAUCAGAGAGUAAUCAAUUGGAAUCAAUUGCAACACUUUAUAAUUUAGAAUCAUGUAAUCUAUCACAUAAUCAACUAUCGACAUUACCAAGUAGUUUUUCAAGAUUGGAGCUCCUAACUAAGCUAAUACUAUCUCAUAAUUGCUUUCAAGUUAUACCAAAUGUAGUCUUUCAAUUAUCAAAUUUAGAAGAGUUAUCAUUGGCUGCCAAUCAGUUAUCAUCAAUAUCGGAAUCGAUUGGGUCUUUGAAAAGUUUAGAGAAAUUGGAUUUAUCAUUCAAUAAACAGAUUAAUAAAAUUCCAAAAGAGUUGGGAUUAUUGGUUAGAUUGAAAUCUUUGAAUGUUUUAGGGUCAAAUAAAAUCAAUGAGUUACCUUCAUUCCUUUCAACGCUACCAUUAUUAGAACAAUUGGAUUUCUCUCGUGAUAUAAUUAAAUCACCACCAAAAGAAAUCACAUCAAAAGGGUUCACUCAUAUAAUUGGUUAUCUUAAAGAUUUAUUCGAAGGUACUGAAACACUUUCACAUAUAAAACUAAUGGUGUUGGGUAGUGAAAAAACUGGUCGUUCAUCAUUGGUAAAAGCAUUAACAAAAUCUCAAACUAAAUCAUUAUCUAGACAAUCUGCUAAUUUCUUAAAAAAAGUUACAUCAUCUGAAGUAUCUUUAAAUGACCCAAUUGAAAUAAUUCAAUUAAAAUUAGAUUUACCACCUGAACAACAAAAUGGUAUUAUGACUUCAUCAAGUAAUUUAAAUUUAUCAACUGGUACUUUACCACCACCAACACAACUAUCAUCAUCAACAUCAGAAUUAAAACCACAAAGAAAAGAUUCAUUUGGUUCUUCAAUGACAACACCAGAAAAGAAAAGACCAACAAAAAGAAAUGUAAAAUUAAUGAUUUAUGAUUUUAGAAUGCCAUCAAUUGAUGUCUAUUAUCAUACUCAUCAAUUCUUUUUAUCAGAACGUGCAUUUUAUUUAGUUACUUAUGAUAUCAAUAAAGAUUUAUCACAUAGUGGUUUGGAAUUUUGGGUUGAAUCAAUUAAAAAGAAAGCACCAAAUGCGCCAAUCUAUAUAGUUGCAACUCAUAUAGAUACUUUUAAUCAAUAUGGUGGUGAUAUUUUAGUACCAUUAAAUGAAAUUGAUCAAUAUUUAACUCAACGUUCAUUAGAAGUCACUGGUGUAAUUGGUGUUUCUUCAACAACUUUAAGAAAUAUUGAUUUAUUAAAAAAUGAAAUAAUUCAAACUUUAUUAAAUCAAAGUAAUAAUAAUAAUAAUAAUAAUAAUAAUAAUAAUUAUAAUAAUAAUAAACAAAGUAAUUCAAUUUCAACAACAAAUUGGUUAAAUGAAAGAAUACCAAGCAUUUAUAUAACAUUAGAAACUAAUUUACAAGAGGAAGCAAAGAAAAGACCAAUUGUAACAUGGGAUGAAUAUCAAAAUAUUGCAAAGUUAUCAAAUUUUACAACUUCAUCAUAUGAGAAAUUAGUACGUGCUACAAAUACAUUAAAUAGAUGGGGUUCAAUUAUUUGGUUUGAAGAUUCAAAAUCUUCACUUAAAGAUUUCGUCAUUUUAGAUCCACAAUGGUUUAGUGAUUGUUUCUAUAAAUUAUUAUUAGCAAAACAUUCAUUCAUUAAUUCCGAUGGUAUUUUAUUAUUAAGUAAUUUAAAAAAUAUUUGGAAACCAAAUAUUGUACCAGAACAAUUUCAUAUUAAAUUAUUAAAACUUUUAGAAAGAUAUCAAAUUCUUUAUACUUUAAAAAAUAAUUCAAAUUUACAACAAUUACAACAACAACAACAACAACAAAAAUCAUUUGGAAAUUUAUCAAAAGAAAAUAGUUUAAAUUCAAUGAGUUAUUCAAUUGAAUCAAGAUCAUCAUCUUCACCAUUACCAACAGUUGUAACCUUAUCAGCUGAAAUUUCAUCUUCACCUUCAUUAAGUUUAUCAAAUUCUUCACAAUCUGUAUUUACUAAUCCAAAUAAUAAUAAUAAUAAUAAGAGUGAACAACAACAACAACAACAACAACAACAACAACAACCACAACCAAUAUCAACAUCACCAAAACUUUUAAGAAAUUCAUUAAAAAAUUUAAAAUCAAUUGAAAAUAAUUCAUCUUCAUUAAGUAAUAAUAGUAUUUUAAAUAGUAAUAGUAAUAGUAGUGGUAAUUUAUUACAAAAUGGUAGUUAUAUAUCAUUUAAUCGUAUAAUUAUACCAUGUUUAUUACCAAAUGGUAAACCAUCACAUUUAGCUUCACUUUGGGACACAUGGAGUGGUGAAGAUGAACAUCAAAUUGGAAGAUAUUAUCAAUUUAGAAAUAUCUCAGCAAAGAAUUGUUUCGAAAGGGUAAUGGUUAGAUUCCUCUAUAUGAUGGAACCAAUCGUUUAUUGGAGUACUGGUAUUCUCUUUAGAAAAACUCAAACCUAUCGUGAAAACAUCAAAGAUAGUAUGUCAAGUUGUGGCACAUUGGUUGAAUUUGAUACAGUGACUCAACAAUUACAAAUCCGUGUAAGAGGCCAUGAAUUUGAUGCAUGUGCAAAACUAUUUCAAAUCGUUUUAGAAAAUGUUGAUACCAUCUUAAAGGAUUAUCAAAUUAAUCAAUCACAAACUUAUAUACCUUGCUCAUGUAGUUGCGAAUGUCGUGAUUUACCACACCUUUUCCCAAUUGAUUUAAUUGAAGAAACUUUUGGUAAAGGUGAAUCACAUACAAAAUGUCCAAUCACUAUGAAAUUGGUUUCCCUUUGUAAAAUUUCACCAGAUAUCACUCUAUCUUCAGUAUCUUCAAAUAAAAAAGUUUCAAAAGAGGAUUUAAUCUAUCAAGAGGAAAUUGGUGUUGGUGGUUUUAGUCGUGUUUAUAAAGGUAUCUAUAAAAAUAAUACAGUUGCAAUUAAACAAUUCAAUUUCGAAAGAAUGGAUUUAAUCGAUUCAACAAGUUUUAAUAAUUUAAAUAGUCUUACAAUUUCACCUUCAAAUUCUUCAUUAUCAAUUUCUUUAUCUUCUUCAACUUCAUCUUUAUCACCACCAAUUGUAAAUAAUAAUAAUAAUAAUAAUAAUUUAAAUAAUAAUUUAAAUAAUUUAAAUAAUAAUAAUAAACUGUAUAUACAACAACAACAACAAACUCAACAAAAUCAACAACAACAACAACAACAACAACAACAACAACAACAACAACAACAACAACAACAACAACAACAACAACAACAACAACAACAGCAACAACAACAACAACAACAAAAUCAGCAACAACCAAAGAUUUUACAAAGAAAUUUAUCAACAAGUUCAUUAUCAAGUAAUUCAUCACAAGGUGAAGAUUCAAUGAAUCAAAUUUCAAGUGGUAAAUUAAAUGCAAUUAAUGAAUUUAGAAGAGAAGUUUGGUUAAUGAGUGGUUUAUCACAUUCAAACAUCGUAUUGAUGAAAGGAUUUUGUUUUGAACCAUAUGCAAUCGUAAUGGAAUAUAUGGAUAUAGGUAGUUUAUCAUCAUUUUUGAAAAAGAAAAAAGAAGAUGGUCAAGUUUUAGAUUGGCAAAUGUUAUUAAAGAUUGUCACUGAUAUUGCCUCUGGUAUGGCGUUUUUACAUAAUAUCACACCACCAUUGGUACAUCGUGAUUUAAAAAGUCCAAAUAUUCUAUUGGCUUCUCAUCCAACCAAUCCAAAUGAAAUCUCGGCAAAAGUUUCAGAUUUUGGUCUAUCAAGAUCAAUUGUUCAAAACUUCUCUUCAAAGGUUGUCGAUAAUCCAACUUGGCAAUCACCCGAAGUAUUAAAAGGAAUGGAAUACAAUGAAAAAUCCGAUAUCUAUAGUUUUGGUAUGAUUCUUUGGGAGUGCUAUCAUUUAGAGUUACCUUUUGAUGAGUUCGAUUUUAAAUUUAUGAGCACUCUCGAAGAUAAUAUCUUAUCAGGUUUAAGACCAUCAAUCAAUCAAAAUUGUAAUAGAAUGUAUUCUUCUUUAAUCACUAAAUGUUGGAAUGCUGAUCCAAAUUUACGUCCAUCUUUUAAUUCAAUUUUAAAAACUUUAAAUGAAAUUAAAGAUUCAACAAUCAAUUCGAAAUAA